UUGAACUCUUUACUACCGACUGACCACGGAGGACACUCGAGUGAUAGGAGCAGGGCUUUUAGGCAUUUUGGCAAACCUAGUAUCCCGAGGAUAACAAUGACGGUCAUCAGAGAUGCAUCACAUGCCGGGUCCUGGUACUCUGGUUCAGGAAAGAGACUUUCAAGCGAACUUAAUGGCUGGCUGGCUCAAGUUCCUACCUCUGGCAGUGAUGGGUCGUUGAGUAAUUUUCCUUUGCCUAUAACAAAGUGUAGAGCAAUCAUUGCACCACAUGCUGGAUACUCUUACAGCGGACCCGCUGCUGCAUAUGCGUACAAGUGCGUCGAUGUAGAGCCCAUCAAACGAGUUUUUGUACUAGGUCCGAGCCAUCACUUCUAUCUCGACGGAUGUGCCUUGUCACAGUGCGACGAGUACGAAACACCUUUGGGAAACUUGAAACUUGACAAGGAUGUUAUCGCUAAGCUCAAAGCGACUGGAGAGUUCUCCUUGAUGAGUCAGCAAGUGGAUGAGGAUGAACACAGCAUUGAAAUGCACAUCCCUUAUGUGUACAAGAUUUUUGAAAAAAAGCAAGAGCCGUACACCAUUGUACCGAUUCUCGUCGGUGCCAUUUCUGCAGAAAAAGAAGCAAAGUUCGGUCGACUGUUAGCAUCUUACCUCGCAGAUUCUCAAAAUCUGUUUGUGGUUUCCUCUGACUUUUGUCAUUGGGGCUCACGGUUUUCUUACACGUACCAAGGAAAUGGGAACAGAGACACCCCAAUAUAUCAAUGUAUUGAAACACUCGACCGUGAAGGGAUGGAGAUCAUUGAAACGAUCGACCCAAAGAGUUUUACGGCAUAUCUCAAGAAAACUCGCAAUACGAUUUGCGGAAGACAUCCGAUUGGCGUCUUACUUAAUGCAGCAGCCAUACUGAUUAAUGGUCAGACUGAAGAUGAGGACACAAGCGGGAAACGGAAGAAACAAAAAUCGGAUGGCGCCGAUAACAUCGCCGGGAGAGCAGCUAACGGCAAUGGUACCGUAAAAAAGGCAGAGAUCAAGUUUGUUCAUUAUGCUCAGUCUAGUAAGGUUACGAGCACUCGUGAUAGUUCCGUGUCGUAUGCUUCGGCGUAUCUGUAUCUUGAUCUGUAGGGAUUUUGUAUCAUUGCGCCCAAGAUAAGACUGGGCGGCGUAUUUGUUAGUAGCCUGAUUCAAGUAUAGCCAUAUUGUUCAGUUGAAGAGUUAUGUUCCUCUUUACUUAAUGAGAGCCUUUAAGUAAGGAUCAGUCCCAUCUAUUAAAAC